AUGGCCUCGAAUCUCCCUGCUGCUUGCUGCACCGUUGGCGUGAAGCACGAAGGCGAAGCCAAGGGCCAGCUCCAACAAAUCGGCGAUGGUACUCGAGGUAUACUUGUCUCACCCCGAAGGUCGCUCGACAAAAAAGCAAUUCUACUUUUAACGGACGUGAUUGGUCAUCGCUUCAUCAACGCCCAGUUGAUUGCAGACCAGCUAGCUGCGAAUGGAUAUUUUGUGGUCAUGCCAGAUCUCUUCCACGGCGAUCCAGUGCCGUUGAACCGCCCUGAGGGGUUUGACCUGAUGAAAUGGCUCAAGGGACCCCCUGGCCAUCUCCCUGACCGUGUGGUCCCCGUGGUCCAGACUGUUCUGAAGGAAAUGAAGUCAAACCUUGGCUGCGAGCGCAUCGGCGCGAUCGGAUACUGCUUUGGGGCUAAAUAUGCCGUACGGUUACUCCAACCCGGUGGCGUGGAUGUUGCCUAUGUGGCUCACCCCAGUUUUGUCGAAUCUGACGAACUAGCAGCCAUCAAGGGGCCUCUUUCUAUUGCUGCUGCCGAAACGGACUCUAUCUUCCCCACCCCCAAGCGGCAUGAGUCCGAGGAGAUUCUGGGCAAGACAGGUCAGCCUUACCAGAUCAAUUUGUUCAGCGGCGUGGAGCACGGUUUUGCUGUUCGAGCCGACAUUACGAAGCCCAUUAUUCGUUUUGCAAAGGAGGCUGCAUUCACUCAAGCCGUGGCGUGGUUCAACCAGUAUCUUUGA